AAGACCUCUCUCUCUGUGUCUCUCCCUCUGUCUGUAACUCUGCCUCUCAAAUAAAUAAAAUAAAUCUUUUUAAAAAAUUUAAAAGGGCACUGCAGCCACAAGGCACGGGCACGGCUCUGUCAUGUGCCAUCCCAUGCACGGUGCAGUCCAGUGGAACCUUACCUGAGCAGGACACGUCCCAGGAUGCCCCGUGGGCGCCUGGAGCAGGGGGUGUCACAAACCUAUGCCGACCGUGUGACUGUCUCAGCCCUGCAGGUGCAUUCUGUGGGAAAGUUCACCUGUAACUUAGGCACAGCUCAAGGUUAGGGACAGUACUGAGAAUGACUCUAAUGGUGGCUUGAUGACAUUGCCAGCGCCGUGAGUGCUUUGCCAUCACAGUGUGGCAGCAUUAGGGUUGCUUGGUUACGGGCCCUGUGACACUGCCGCAGCUCACCGGCCGCCAUGUGCAGAACAUGCGGGAACACGUGUGUGCACACGUCGCGCAGAGAGGGGAUGCCUGUCCCAGCCUGGACACGAGACGCAGCCGGAGGUUUCCUCACGGCACCUCAUGGCUCGUUUCUGUCCCGUGCUUCCAGAUCGCUGGGCAGUGGGGCCCUGUUUGGGGCAGGGGCGGGCGGCUGCUGUGCUUGGAACCCCCUCCCUGGGGGAUUCUGGAGCCCAGAUGUGCAGCCGGGACCCCCGGGGCCGAAGGCGCUGACGCCAGCCACAGGCUGUCGUGUGCUCGGUGCCUCGGCCGAGUGUGUGGCUUCCCAUGGACUCCGAGGACUGACGGCUGCUUUGUGGUCUCUCUGGUCCCUCCCCGAUUGUCUCAGUCCCGCGGUCCCCAGAUGCCGACGCCGUGAGGCAGUCUGUGCGGAGUUAAUGAACUUGAACCUGUCUUUCUCAUACCACGGUCCCAGGAGGCCACUGCAGAGGGGCUGUGAUGUGUACACGAUGCCCAGGCUGUCAGUCCUGCCUCACACGUUACGAGUGACAGGCCACCCACAGGGGACGCAGUCGGAGCCACAGAAACAGACAAGACGGGUGUGCCGCACCCAGUGCCCGAUGCGCCGGGCGGCCGGCCCCUCCCCCACGCCGCCUCACCACGUGCGGCUCCUCUGUGUUGCAGGUGGUUUUCAGCAGGUACUGCAACUCCAGUGACAUCAUGGACCUGUUCUGCAUCGCCACCGGCCUGCCUCGGAACACCACCAUCUCCCUCCUGACCACGGACGACGCCAUGGUCUCCAUCGACCCCACCAUGCCUGCCAACUCCGAGCGCACCCCGUACAAGGUGAGGCCCGUGACCGUCAAGCAAGCUUCCGAGAGAGAGGAGCUCGUGCAGAGCCUGCUGGCGCAGGUGGCAGAGCAGUUCUCCAGAGCAUUCAAGAUCAACGAGCUGAAGGCCGAGGUCGCGGACCACCUGGCAGCCCUAGAGAAGCGCGUGGAAU